GCAGAAGACGGUGGGCAGAGUGAAACAUGAGCUGUUAGUUCAAAGACUACAUCGUUAAUUCAAAACUUGUUUAGUCAUUAAUGCUGAACAGUUAACACAGUUCAUGAUGAAUAAUCCACGGCUGUAGCUAGUGGAUCUACAAAGUGACCUGUUCUGGAUUUCUCUGGUUGGAGAUAAAUAAAUAUAUAAAUAUAAAGAAGCAAAACACCCAGCUCAGCUGCGGAGUGAAGUUUCAGACAGAGAGGAGCUGCGGCGGUGACCGGCGGUAAUGGCGGUACUGAGGGGCGGUGUUGAGUUGCAGGUGGUGGUGGCUGUGCUAGCAUUUGCCGCGUUGGUGAUGAUACCGGAGGUCUUCUCCGAUAAGAUCACUGUGGGAGGGAAGAAAGGCUGGACCACCAAUUUCAACUACACCAUUUGGGCUGAAGGCAGGCACUUUUACCUCGGGGAUUGGCUCUUUUUUGUGUACGAUAGGAACCAGGGGGAUGUACUGGAGGUGAACAAGACAGAUUACGAAAAUUGCAAUGCAGCUCAUCCACUUCACAACUGGACAGGGGGAGCUGGCCGGGAUGUGGCUCCACUGAAUGUGACUCGGGCUUACUACUACAUUACUGGUAAGGGGUUCUGCUACGGGGGCAUGAAGCUUGCAGUAAAUGUUGAGAACCCACCACCCCCUCCUGUAUCUGCGCCCCCAAAUGAGAAGAGUGAAGCCCCAAGAUCCACUUACAGAAGCCAGUUUGUUGUACCAGCUGUUUUUGCCGUAGCUGCUCUGUGGGACUCUUUCCUCCGGGUCUUGUGGUAAUCAAUACCAAAUUUCAACAUUGUGUUUUAGUGAGAUCUGAGUCACCUAGGACAUCUUUUAACCAAAUUGGUCAUGAAGAAAUGUGAGCUGUGCCUGGUUUUCUAGGGCUUAUUUAGUUGGAGUUCUUUAUUUAUUUAUUUAUUUAUUUCUGCGGUGUGUCUAUCAUUGACCUCGAAAUGGCAGUGUGCAUGGGCUGCAGGGGUUCAGCAUGUUUGUUGAAUGAAAAACUUGGGGAAUGUUUUUAAUUCUUGCUAGAAAAUUUAAAUGCCUGAAUUGCGGUAGUGUA